AUGACAAUGAUGAUUGGUGUAACUCAACUGUUUUUAGAAACACAACUUAAAAUGUUGGCAACUUCUCAAAGUUUAGAUAAUGAUUCUUGUAGAAGUUCUACAUUAUUGUUACUUUGUUCAACUUUAUAUCCUCCAUGUGUAACAAAACAAUUUAGUAAUGAAUCAAUUACUUUUCCAUCAUUCCCAUGUCAAUCAGUGUGUGCAGACAAUUCUGGAAAAUGUUCCUUCUAUAAUCCGGGUAUUCUUCCAAUUAUGAAUUGUAGUACAAUCAAUAGUUUCGGACAACCUGUCUAUCCACAAAAUAAUACAUACUAUAACUUGACUCUAACUACUGGUGAUAAUAUCACAGAGUCUAUUCAAUGUAAUUCAAACUAUACACUUAGUAUCCCAGCUUUUUGUCCAUCACCUUUAGCAUUUGUACCAGAAAGUGAAAAACAUGAAGAUACAUAUUAUUUAUUGGGUGAUUCAAGUUGUGCAAUUCCAUGUCCUUUCAAAGUAGAUACCCCUCAAAAAGAAUACAAUGUCAAAGUAAUGACAUUGGUGUUGCACUCGAUCAGUUUCUUUUGUUCAAUACUCCUUGUUUUAAUUAAUGGUGUAUUACCAAAUGAAAUUACUAAUACAAUGGGAAAUAUUCUAUUCUUUGCAAUAGGAUCAAUGUUGAUUUCAAUUUGUUUCUUCCAGAGUACUGCAAAUGAUUAUUUCAGAUGUGAUGGUAAUAGAUAUAUAGUUCAAAAGGAUACUAGAUGUGGAAUAAAUGGAUUUUUCUUUCAAUUUGGUAUUUUGAUUACCAUUUUCUUCUGGACAAUGAUUCUCUACGAUUACUUUGUAACCAUUAGAAUGAAAAAGAUUGAACACUAUAGAAGAUAUACUAUAACUAUAUGGACAAUCAUAUGUAUAUUAACAAUCCUUCCAAUGGCAACUCAUCAGUUUGCAUCCAAUUAUAUAACACCAAACUGUUGGAUCAUGGAUUCUCAAUGGCAAUUAGGAGCAUUUUAUGUUCCAGCAAUGAUUGUUAUGGCUUUGGGUUUUUUAUUUACUAGUUAUAUCAUAGUAAAAAUAUUUAUGUUAUAUAAAAUUUUAAAACAAAAACAAGUAUUAAUAUAUAAUCUAAAAUUAAUAUUUGUAAUGUUGGUAGUACUAUUUGAUUUUGCAUGCAUUAUUGCUUUCAAAUUUUAUUCUGAGCAUCAAGUUAGUGUCUAUGCUGCACAGUUGGAGAGUUGGGUAUUUUGUCUCUUGACUUCUGAAAACUGUCAAUUUGUAUUGCCAGACUAUGCAGUUCGUGUAAUCCAGGGUAUUUCAUCUUCGAGUCUGGGAAUCAUUGGAUUUUUGGCGUUUGGAAUCGAUCCCAGCGUCGUGACCAAUUUCUAUCAAUCCAAGAAAGUUCUUUGGGUCCUACAGGUACUCGGUAAUUCAUUCUCUUCCAGCAGUAAAUCAUCGACUAGCAGCAGCGGAAAGAGAGAUCAGCGUAUGACUAUGCUUUCGGAGAGCUCCAAGAGUGGAGUCUCAACUUCUUCACCACCAUCGAGAACUCAAUCCAAACUAAACCUAUCGAUCAACCAGAGUCAAGCACAUUUGGCUACAAUAACAUUGGCAACCGAAGAACCAUUGGAAAGAGAAGACGAACCCCAAACAGAGCCAGAACCAUUAACAGAAGUUUAA